AUGGACUCUCAAAAAACUAUGGGUAUUGCCCCAAAUCCGGACUGUGUGAAGGGUGCAGUUGCGUGUCAAUGUGAACUAGGCCGAGAAAAGCUACUGACGGCUCCGCCCUAUAAGCGCUCAACUAUCACCGUAGAUGAUGAAGCAAAAUCUCGUUUACAGACAGCGCCUUGUGCCAGAGAUCUUGAACAAUACAAAUGUCCAGUUAGUCAUAUUCUCGUACAUUUUAAAUCGCCUCUUCGUCCCGCCGAAGAGUUCAAUAAAGUCUUCCCAUCGAAUACCCCACUUAAAUUAGUCAAAAGAAAAUUAGCAAAAUUACUCUCUGUAUCAAAUAAUAAUCUUAUAUUAACUAAGAAUAGGAACGUUUUGAAAGAAACGUCUCUACUCUCUGAACUUAAGACUGAUACGCUAGGAAAUCUUGUAAUAGAUGUGUUUACAAAGGAUUCUGAGGAGUUUUCGCUUGCAUCUAUUCCCAAAGAAUCGUAUGUUCAUGAACUCAUACAAAGCAUGAUGCCGAAAAAGAAGACGAUGCCAUUUAUUGCUAUUAAGUUUAGAAUACGAAAUCAAAACGGAGCGUUUACUCGUUCUUACCAUUCAAUAAUGAAAGUACACGAAGUAAAAAAUAAUUUGGCUGGCGUCUUUCAAGUGGAUCCGGACAAUUUAGUUUUAUUGCGUGAAGAUCGUCCGUUGAAGGAUCGUAUGGCACUAUUAGAUCUUGACUACGAUAAGUAUGGUAUAGUAGAAGUGGAACUUCUUACAAAGAAUAAUGAGAAACUAAACUUAGACAAAUUAUACAAAGAAAUGCCCGUAAAUGACGUAUUGACGGUAAUGGUACCAUUCGGGAGCACGUUAAAACAUAUUAACGUCGAAAUAUUUUCCGAGCUAAUGAAAAAGCCUUUUCUAGGCGGUUACAGAAAUGUACACACAGGCAAGAUUUAUCAUCACGCUUAUACACAGACACCACAGAAACCUGAAAAGUUACCACCAGAAAACAAAAACUGUCGAGAUACUCAAACAGCUGAAAUGCGGGAGAAAAUAUAUGACACGAGUUACAGUCGUGCGACUCAAAUGACUACCGUACAUGCAUAUAUACCAAACGUUACUGACAGGAUAAUCGUACCCAAGCCUUACGAGACUUACGAUGAGAUGAUUGCAAGAUUAAACCACAAACAUUAUGCUUCAAUAAUACAAAGAGCUUUUAGACAUCAUCAGUUCAGACAAAAAGUGAAAAAGUGGCUAAAAUUAUGCAUGGAGAGAAUUGCAAAAAUGGAAGAAGAAAGAAGGUUAGAACGCGAAGCUAUUGAGAGGAGAUUAAAGAAAGAUCUCAUUACUAAAACGUUUCCAAGGACACGUGAAGAUUUCGAUCAACUUUAUGCAAUGGUUGAUCGCUGGAAACACGCUGAAAUUGCAAGAAUAUCUCAAUUGCAUUCAAAAGGCCCCAGAAUUGCUGAAUUUACACUUUUAUUGGAUAAAGAAGUAGAACUUUUACGUUGUAUUGAAGGUUAUCGAGUGAAAGUUAAGGAAGAUAAUAAAAAAAUAAAGGAGAAGCAAUUUUUAGAAGAAAUUUCUAAACCUAUUGCUUGGUAUGGUCGUGACGGUAAACUAAUCACAAUGGAAACGGUUGAAAUUCAAAAAGCGAGGAAACUGAACGAGUUAUAUAAUACAUUUUUAAGAGAGGAUUUAGAAAGCAAAGAUCGCAUUGAGCUACUCGUUAACAUGAAGUUUGCUUUACAAGAUUUUCAUCACCCUUUAGCUGAAGAAAUUAUAACGCUGUUAGACAGAGAGUGCGAUCUACUGGUAAGAAGAUGUAACGACUAUCAACUAGAAUUCCUAAGACGAAGAGUUGCUGCUUGCGUUUUUCAGUUGAUAAAAACUUCUGAACUUAAUUCUGAAGUUACGAAAUGUAAGGAAAUAAGAGACUAUCGAAAAAUGGAGAAUGACAGAUUACAUUUUUGUGAGAUGUGUCAUCAAGUUAAAUUGCACACCGACUUUCCCUUAAAUGCCAAAAUGAGUGGUUUCCUCGUAUGCACGUCCUGUUCGUGGAAAGAUGUUUCGGAACGUUGUUGGAUCGAUAUGACUCCGUACAAAUUUAUCUUAAGAACAGUACAACGCGAUGAAAGACGAAGAAAAUGUUGGGGAUCGUUAGCGUUCGUUCUUCAAGAAAAAGACAUAUUUUUUAUUGUAGAAAAGCUUUGGCACUCUCGUUCGGCAAUAAGUGAGUGUAGUGACAUGAUCGAACUCAGACUAUGUCGAUGGCACGUUAACGAAGAUUGGUCUCCAUGGAAUUGUUUCUUAAUAACAGUGCAAGAAAUGAAAGCACAUUUAAAAUUGGAGAAUCCAGAAUUGGUAUAUGACGAGGAGCUCGUUCAAAAAGUACGUAACAAACACAAACUUGCCAAAGCGAACUUUGAACAACUAUUAUCAGUAAAUAAACGUUUCACCGAGAGCGGUGAUUGGAACGGUGUGCGUGCGCCAGCCGUUGCUCGCGUAGACGCCGUCGACAGGAUAUAA